AUGACUGGGCUACCUCAGGUGGCAUCUCUCAAAGACACAAUUGCCAAAAAAGAUGAUGAAAUUGAGCAGUUGGAAUUACUUAAAGAUGUCAAAAACGAGUAUCCUGGCUCACUGAGGUAUGGGAAUUCCUCUGCAAGCGAAGAUUUUUCAGGUGUUAAUCCUCAUAGAACCCAAAAACCAUCGAUCAGGAAAAGCAUGGGAAAUGAGACAGCUUCUUGUCAGGAAAGCAAUCCAGAGCACAGUGACAGGCAUUCUGAAGCUGGUUCCCAGCAAUCUAAACUUUCUGAAAGGGACACAGGUCAGGUUAUGUCAUUUGCAGAUGCAGAGAUAUUUCGAUUUGGAGAUGGAGACUGUGGGGAUAGAUUAAGUGACAUUUAUGAUGAUGCUCUUUCAGUGGGAGAAGAACCUGAUGGCGAAACGGAUCAAGGCACAAAGCCAUCAAAUAAAUUGCGGAAGAGUACUAGCAUGGCAUCAACUUCUCGACUCUUACAAAACCAAGCACAGGCCACAUCAAGGGCAGCGACUGUGUCAACGGACUCCCCAAAAGUGUCAACAAGUAUUAAGAAAACUGGCAAUUCCAACUUAGUCAAGUCUUCAAAGCGAUGGCAGUAAAUUGAAAGUAUUCAUU